AAUUUUUAUUUAAUUUUUUUAUAUUAGCGUUCAAGCAAAACAUAUAAUGAAUUAUAAAACAACAUAUAAAUUAAGUGAACCAUACAAUUAUUUAAGUGACUUAGAGUUUUCAACAAAUGAUCAAGAAUCAUUCUGGGAUCAAGUUGCUAAAAAAUAUGUUUAUUGGGAUAAACCAUAUGAUCAAAUAUUCAAUUUUAAUGAAAAAACCAAAGCUUGUGAAUGGUUUAAAGGUGGUAAAUUAAAUACUUGCUAUAAUAUUCUUGAUAGAAAUAUCAAAGAAAGAGAGAAUGAUAUUGCUUUUGUUCAAGAGAUCCCACAAAAGAAUCUUAGAUACCAGAUCACUUACAGGGAGUUUUAUGAUCAAGUUUUAAUUUUUUCAAGGGCUUUAAAGAAUAUUGGUAUUAAAAAAGGUGAUGUCGUAAUGAUUUAUAUGCACGAUUCAAUCCAGGUUCCAAUUGUAAUGCUAUCGUGUGCUCGUAUAGGUGCAACUCAUAAUGUCUGCUAUAAUGGGUUUUUUGUUGAUAGUUUGGUUCAAAGUAUAGAGGACAGUAAACCAAAACUAAUCGUCACAUCAAAUUAUGGAUAUGUUUACAAUUCCAUUCACUAUAAUUCUCUUACAAUCAAAGAGUCCAUAUCAAAGUCAUCCCAUAAGCCAGAAAACGUUAUUGUUUAUAAUAGAAAAGAUUUUGAAUGUGACCAACCUGAAAAAUAUUUAGAAAUCAGUAACUGCAAUUUUCUCGAUUGGGAUCAACUUAUCAAAGAUUUAGAACCUUUGCAAGAGUAUGAACCUUUAGAUUCGCUCCAUCCAAUAUUUUUUUUGUUUACAAGUGGGACUACUAAUAAACCAAAAGGUAUACUAAGAGAGACUGCUAGUCAAUUGGUUUCUUCAAAUUACUUUAUUAGAAACCAGGUUGGGUUACAACAAGGUGAAACUUGGUACUCAAAAGCACCAUUGGGUUGGGCAAGUGGGCAUACAUGGACUGUAUAUGGGAAUUUGGCAGUUGGUUCAAGAAGUGUUAUAAUUGAAGGUUCUUUUAAUAGUGAUACCCAGGUUGAAGAUUAUUGGGGUUCCAUUGAAAGAAAUAAAGCAAAUAGAGUUUUAAUCACACCCUCCACAAUUAGAGUUUUAAUUAAAACUGAUCCAAAUGGAGAUAUAGCAUCAAAAUUUGAUUUGUCAAGUUUAAAAAAAGUUACCAUCACAUCAGAAAGAUCACAUCAGAUUUUAAUUGACUAUUUAGAAAAUAAAGUAGUAAAGAGACCCAUUGUAAAUAACGAAUAUGGCCAAACAGAGGCUGGAAUGAUUAAUAUUGGUUACUCACCAUCUCAAUACCCAUCCCGUACAGAUUCAAUAGGCAAGCCCAACCCAGGUGGACAUUACUUUAGGGUAGUUUCAAAAUGUAAAAAAACAAAUUUAAUCACAGAAUUAAAAGCAAAUCAGAUUGGUGAACUCGUUUUAAAGUUUCCAUUACCACCAGGAUAUGUCGCAAGUUUAGUUGGGGAUGAUUCAGAUGGCAGCCUAUAUAAAAAACAAUUUCUCUCUGAAUAUGAAGGAUACUUUGACUCGGGUGAUAUGGGUUACUAUGAUGAGGAUGGUUACUUUUACUAUGUAUCUCGUUCAGGUGACACUAUAUCAGUAGGCGCACUACUUAUCAAUUGUUCAACAAUCGAAAAUGAAAUCUUAAGACACCCCAAGGUAAGUGACUGUUGCGUCGUUGGGGUUAGUGAUGAUAUUUUAUUGCAGGUACCAAUUGCAUUACUCGUAUUACAUGAACAAUUUUGUUAUGAAACCGACUCGAAAGAAACUGAAGAGCUUUUUAAUCAAUUAAACCAAAGUAUAGAAAAUGUUUUUUCAAUUCGUUUACAGUUAAAAUCUAUUAUAAUUGUUAAACAAUUACCUAAAAACAAAACCAAUAAGAAAUUAAAAUCUUUGGUAAAAUCAAUUUUCAAUGGUUUGGAAUUCACAAUUCCUCCACUUAUCGAGGAUGUAUCUGUCAUAAAUGAAUUGGUAGAAGAGUAUAAUAAAUAUAAAAAAAACAAUUCAAACAGUUCAACAAUUUAUAAAAAAAGAUUAAACUUUUAGGUAUAAAGAACCAAUUUUAUUUUUUAAAAGGGCAAAAAAAAAAAAAAAAAAAAAAAAUAUAAAUAAAUAAAUGAGAUACUUGAAAAAUUGUCCAUAU